GGUUUUCGAAGCUACGCUUAUACUUCACACCGUUGGGUAACAUUGGGGCCCGCCCCUCCAAACCACAGGCUCGUUAAGAAAACACCCUUGACGAGGCAUAGGUUCGGACACCCAGCCUCUUCCUUACCAAUUCCAACAUACGCCUUAGUGGAAUUUCCCGCUCACUUACGCUGUUGCUUUCGCCUUGGCCACUGAAAACAGCAAAAAAAUUGUUCAAGUCGAAUACGCCGAAGGUGCCUAUUGGAUGUGGUUUUUGUUCUUCUUUGAUACAAUGGCUAGGAGUUGGCUUAUUGACUUUGGAGGAUUUGCAAAGAAAGUGAAGAACACUACUCUAUCUUCAGCUGAUCAAAUCAAGGAUUGUGGGGCAUAUCGAGAAUGUCCUAACUGUCAUUAUCGUAUUGAUAACAGUGAUGUUUCUAGUGAGUGGCCUGGCUUUCCUCUUGGUGUAAAGUUUGAUCCUUCUGAUGUAGAACUCUUGGAACAUUUAGCAGGAAAAUGUGGUGUUGGAAACACACAGCCAGAUAUGUUUAUCAAGGAGUUCAUCUCAACUCUGGAAGGAGACCAAGGUAUUUGCUACACUCAUCCAGAAAAUCUUCCAGGUGCUAAAAAAGAUGGCAGUUAUUUCCAUAUCUUUCACAAGACAAUCAAUGCUUAUGCAACUAGUCAAAGAAAGCGUAGAAAGAUUCAUCAUCCACAGGGUUUGAGUGAAGAACAUUGGCAUUGGCACAAGACAGGUAGGACGAAAGCUAUAAUGCAAAAUGGAAUGUGCAAAGGCUUUAAGAAAAUCAUGGUUCUUCAUGUAAGAUCUAAGAGUGGGGCCAAACCCUUCAAAUCCAACUGGGUAAUGCAUCAGUAUCAUCUCGGGACUGAAAAAAAUGAAAAGGAAGGUGAGUAUGUGGUUUCUAAAAUUUUUUAUCAACAGCAAAAGCAAACUGAGAAAAAUGAGGACAAUGCAAUGGUUGAAGAUCUUGACAAUAUAGUGUCAAGAACAAGUCCCAGGACUCCAAAACCAAAUCCUCCCCAUCCACCUCGUGCAGGAAACUCUGUUGAUUGUGAUGAUUGUAUCGAUGAAACUGUACCUCUGCCUUUUGUCCAGACAAUUCUCGGAGAAUCACAUGCCCCUAUAUCUGAUGUUCAGGACCUAGACAAUUCUGCAUUGUUACCUGGAGAAUCACAAGCUAAGGAACACACUGAAUAUGAUGGCUUGGACGACAUAUUAUUGUGCAAGGAAAUCUUAGAUUCUUCUGAUCUGUUAAAUGAUUCUGGAUUGGACUCCAGCAAUCUCUAUGACUUAGAAUUCUAUGAUAAUCAAAUAGCUAGAAAUGAUAACGAAUCUUGUGGAAUAUCUGUCCUGGAUACGCUGGAAUUAGACACUCCGGACUUUGAUCAUUCUAAUUUGAAUUUUUGUUCUCAGUACAGUAUCCUUGAGUGGAUGGGCAGAUUAUGAAGUUCUUUUUGAUACUAAAUCCAGAAGUUGUUUCUAUCAUCCUUCAAUUGGAGUGGUUUUUCCUCUUUUGGAUGCCUUAAUGUAGGGCAUCAAACUUAGGUUUUCAUCAUGUGAAGAAGCUUUUGUCCUUGUGAGCUGAAACGAUACUGCCUUUGGUUACGGAACUCAACCUUUUUGUCAAAUCAUGUAGUUGAGCUCAAUCAAAGCUAGAGUUGGACUUGUGGCCUUCUCGUGGGGGUUAUUUGUGUGAAUCUUGUUUUGAGGCAUAUUUGUUUCGUCUAUGGCCUAUUUUAAACUGUUGCUUUGACUCUUUAUGUUAGCCAUGGAAGCGAUGAAUGCAUCUUUUUCGGCUAGAUCCGAAAUGUUGUAUUCGACUCUGAAUAUAUUUAGUAGAUAUGGUGAUGAUAGGGGUUCUAUUGGAAUAUUGUGAACAUAUAAUUAAUACCUACAUUGAUUUCCUGUAUAUGAA